GCCAAGACCUGUGUCGCAGAGGGAAUAUGUUAUCACCCAGUCAGAAAAGACCCGCAGCGCUGUUAACAUAAGACUGAAACUCACACGGCGCUACUAUUCAGAGCUACAUUUCCCAACAGUGGAGCGUGCCAGUGCGAUACCAAUGGCAAGCGUGAAUAGCAUAAAUGCCCAGAGCAAGGCAUAUGGGGAUGUUCAUUUGCGCGAUGAGCUACCAAUCAGUUCUGAUGCGCUUCCGCCGUAUGAAGCCGAAGACCAGUCACCUCCUACAUAUUCAAGUUUGAGAAGGCAUCCUCCAUCUCGAUAUCUCUGUCUGUGCGGUAUUUUAUGCCCUCUUCUCUGGAUUAUUGGUGCUCUCGUCCUGUGGUUUCCAUUACGGCACCUGUUUCCUUGUUUAUUUUCCCUGCGACGACAGAACGCCGAUGAUGCCAUAUCGAGGGGAAUACGGAGAGAUGAGGUGCAAUGGGCUAGUGUUUGCCUAACUCUAAGCGGUGCUCUCCUUUUCAUCGGAACGUGUAUUUUCGUCAUAAGUUACUGUGCUUGAUACCAAAUAUUGAUCACACCAGGAAUGUGUCACGGAAUACGUUACCGCGCGCCCAGGCUGGGCGCGGUGGAUCGUGGGUAAAGGACUCAACAGUAUAGUUUUAAAUGUCCAUACAGUAUAACGAG